AUGUCCCCCAACCUCGGCGAAGCGCCCCUUGAGUUAAAGAGAUUACUGAACGAAAAUAACUUCGCUAAAUGUAUCUGGAUUAUAAAGGACUUCACUGGACUGUCUAAUUUCAGAUAUGCAGUCGAGCAAAUAUUGCAAGAUACAGGCAGAGUUAACUUGAAGGAUGUUAUAACUACGCUCUACAGAAUUACAGGGGAGACAAGGAUCGAUAGAAUCGUGAUUAUAAUUCGCAGAGUCUUCAAUGUUAAGACCAUAACACAACUAUUCCAACGUAUAAACAGCAUAACUAGAACUCGGGAUCCGCUACAAUUCCUUCAGAGCAUUUUAGAUUUAACUCAGAAGAACUCCAUCGAAGAAGCCUUCAGGGACAUCGCCAGUUUGACCCAAACUAAAGCCGACGUACUGACAAUUCUGGAGAGCAUCCAGAAGGAGUCAGGCCACACGGACAUCAUAGACUUCUUUAGACAACUCAUAAGGGUUACUGAAACCAGAACCAUUAUUCACGCUUGGAGAGUAAUAACUAAAAUCACAAGAGAAACUGAUAUCUUCAUUAUCAUACGCCGCUUCAAGAUUUACACUACAGUUGAUAUUAUUAUAGUUUUCAAAACUAUCUUGCGUAUCACGAAAACUACAAAUUUGACAACGGCCAUUAAUCAAAUGUACACCUUAUUCAAUGUCCAUGGUUUAUUCGAAUGUUUUGACAUCAUACACAAAUAUACAAGGACGGGUGAGUUUUUGCAUAGCUUAUAUAAAACAUAA